AUGGAGAUUGCGGCGCCGGUCGGCGACCGAUCGGCCCGGCGCGAGGUGGCCCUGGGGGAGGAGUUCACGGUGAGCGAGGCGGUGGAGGCCGUGGGCAUGGGCCGCUUCCAGGCCCUGCUGCUCCUGGUGGUGGGCAUGUGCGUCGCCGGCAAGGGGGCUACCAUAACGCUGGGCACGUUCAUCUUCCCCGGGGCAAAGUGUGACUUUGGCCUCUCAGACGGGCAGGAGAGUCAACUCACGAUAUGGGUGCUGGUGGGCAUCAUGAUUGGUUCUUACACCUGGGGCCUCAUGGGGGACAUGGCUGGGCGAAAGAUUUCCAUCGCUGUGGCCACGGCGGGGGGAAUUGCGACCAGCGCAGUGGCGACCGUGCUCCCCAAUGUGCAGAGCCUUUCAGCGGUUUUGCUUCUGCUGGGUUUCACAAUGGCUGGACAAUUGACAGAUUUGGCAUACCUGUUUGAGUACACUCCCACAGCAUAUCGUGGGAAAUCUGCACUGGCCAUGGGGCUUGCCUGGGCCCUUGGCACGCUUGGCAAUGCUGUGUCAGCAUGGCUCAUAAUGCCACACUACGGCUGGAGGAUACUUGUCUUUGUCACAGAUGUGCCAUACGUUUGUGCCCUUGGGCUCCUCCACCUGGUGCCUGAAUCUGCACACUACCUGGCCGUGAGGGGUCGUGAGGCUGAAGCGAGGAAAGCCCUGGAAAGAAUGGCAGAGAUUAAUGGAGUGGCCUUGCCAGCAGGAUCGGUUUUGGUUGCACCAGAAGGCAGAAACAGCAAAGAGGUGUCUGUUCGUGGGAUUCUUGAGAAGUCAGCCUCAUCACUAAAAAUGAUGUUCGCUCCAUCCUGCCUCCAAAUGUCCAUUCCCACUGUCCUCGUGUGGGUUGUGUCAGGGUUCAUGUACACUUCGAUGCUUUUAAUGAAUACCGAAGUCCAUGCGACUGAGAGUUCGUGCACUGGAAACCACAAGAAACCACUCUAUCUGUCCAACAAGGACUACCAUGACAUCAUCAUUGUCUCAUGCUCAGAAGCCGUCAGCCAAGUCCUCCCCAUUGUGAUAAUCGACCGAAUUGGAAGGAAAUGGUCGAUGUUCACCCUGUUCGUGGGCGCCAUGGCCUCGAUGAUCCCCAUCUUGUCGGGCAGCCCAGACCCGACCUGGCCGAUGUUCGGCAUCCGGGCAUUCGCCCAAAGCAUCCAGCUGGUUGUGAGCGUCUACACGUCCGAGGCCUACCCGACGGACAUACGGGCCUUCGCCCUGGGCGUGGGCCACAGCGCGAGCAACUUCGGCACCAUAGGCACUCCACUGGUGGCACAGGGACUUCUGCACUCCCGCGGGAUCCGUGCUUCCGUGGGCGUCCUUGUGGCCAUGGCCGCUGCUGGAACGGGCGCUGCGGCCGCACUUCCGUUCGACACAACGUACAUACAGCUCGAAGACACGGCGGUCGUCGACGGACGAACAAAAGACAAUGCCAUGGACCUGCCAGAGGAGCUUCGAGAAAUUGCAUCGGAGAGCUGA